UAUGGGUCAAACUCAAAGUGAAGAACAAGAGGAAGUGGAUCUUGCCGAGAUACAGCCUCUUUACACAGUGUUCAUGAAUGUAUGCCCAAGUGGAGCCCUACAUCUUCACGAAUUCCGCAAGAUCUUUGGAGUUCAGAGCACGUCAGAAGAUGAGGCGUUGUACAUGGAAACGUUAUUCAAAUCAUUUGAUACAAACAGGGAUAAUGUAAUAGACUUUAUGGAAUUUGUAGCAGCCAUCCACUUGGUUCUGAGAGGAAAACUGGAGGACAGAUUGAAGUGGUCUUUUAAAGUCUAUGACAGGGAUGAAAAUGGAAAGUUGGACAGACAAGAGGUCAAGCAUAUUAUAAGGAUCAUUUGCAAACUCAAGAAAAACGAAACAGACAUGGCACCCAAUGAAAUUUGUGACAGAAUAUUUGAACUUGUGGAUGAAAAUAAAGAUGGUCAAAUAUCCCUGUCAGAGUUUAUAGAAGGUGCACAGAAAGAUGCAUGGAUUCUGGACUUGCUUACAUUGGACACCAAUGCACGUGGUUGGUUCAGGAAAAAAUGGGGGAAAAAAACAUGAAUUUUCAAUCUAAGGUCUUGUUGCCCUUUUGCAAUCUUCCAAAUGCUGGGGUCUGCAAACUGGAGAGACCUGGUGUGGAGGUCAGAACAUAUUUGCCUUCU